CAAAAGUCAAAACCCUAGAAACUAUAAAUUUCCGCGGUUGCCCUUCGUUACAGUUUUGGGCACUGGUUUUCGCAGUUUCGCGGCGUUGUUAACUUCCCUUCACUUCACCCAACCAUCUUGCAUCUCCAAACAUGGGUCGCAAACACGAACCCGUCGCCGAAGAAGCCCCUAACAGCCCCGAGCUCGACUCCGAGAAGAAGAAGAAGAAGAAGAUGAAAAAGAAUAAGAACAAGGACCAACAUCAAAGCGAAACCAGCCCCAAACGAAAGCUCGACCAACUCGACCCUCAAAACGACGCCGAAUCGAAUAAGAAGAAGAAAAAGAAGAAGCACCACGACUCCAAGGAGAAUGCAGAGGGAACCAACGGCGCUAGCCGCGACGAGACGCUGACGGACGGUUCCGUGGCGGUUACCGGGAAGAAUGCGGGAGACGCGAAAUACGCGGCGCUGAAAACGUUCGCGGAUUCGGGGCUGCCGGAGAAUGUGUUGGCGUGCUGCAAGGGUUUCGAGAAGCCUUCUCCGAUUCAGUCCCGAGCGUGGCCUUUCUUAUUGGACAGUCGUGAUUUGAUUGGAAUCGCUGCCACUGGCUCAGGGAAGACGUUGGCGUUUGGUAUACCUGCGGUUAUGCAUGUUUUGGGAAAGCGAAAGAGUAAAAGUUCCAAGGGUCGGAACCCUCUCUGCCUCGUGCUCUCUCCCACCAGAGAGCUUGCUCAACAAAUAUCAGAUGUCAUGUGUGAUGCUGGUAGUACUUGUGGCGUGGAAUCAAUCUGUUUGUAUGGUGGAACCUCCAAAGGGCCACAAAUCUCCUCACUAAAAUCUGGAAUUGACAUUGUCAUUGGAACCCCUGGUCGUAUCCAGGAUCUGAUUGAAAUGGGUGUUUGUUGCCUAAAAGAAGUAUCUUUUGUGGUACUUGAUGAAGCAGAUCGGAUGCUUGACAUGGGUUUUGAACAAAUAGUUCGCUCUAUACUGGGUCAGACAUGUUCUGUUCGUCAAAUGGUUAUGUUCAGUGCUACAUGGCCAUUGCCAGUUCAUUAUUUGGCACAGGAGUUUAUGGAUCCUAAUCCUGUAAAAGUUGUUGUAGGUUCAGAAGACUUAGCUGCCAAUCAUGAUGUCAUGCAGAUAGUUGAGGUCUUGGAUGACCGUUCCCGUGAUAAGCGCCUGCUUUCUUUACUGGGAAAAUACCACCAAUCUCAGAGGAAUCGAGUAUUGGUUUUUGUUUUGUACAAAAAUGAAGCCACACGAGUUGAAAAUAUGCUUCAAGGAGGGGGAUGGAAGGUUGUGUCAAUACAUGGGGACAAAGCCCAACAUGAUCGCACUAAGGCACUGUCAUUAUUCAAGAAGGGAAGCUGUCCUUUGAUGGUUGCUACUGAUGUGGCUGCACGGGGAUUGGAUAUUCCAGAUGUUGAAGUAGUGAUCAACUAUAGUUUUCCUCUGACUACUGAAGAUUAUGUUCAUAGAAUUGGGCGGACUGGACGAGCUGGUAAGAAAGGUGUUGCCCAUACAUUCUUCACACAGCAGAAUAAGGGACUUGCUGGGGAGCUGGUGAAUGUUUUAAGAGAAGCAGGACAAAUUGUGCCCGAUGCCCUCUUGAAAUUUGGCACACAUGUAAAAAAGAAGGAGUCCAAACUUUAUGGGGCACACUUCAAGGAAAUCCCUGUUGAUGCUCCAAAGUCUCAAAAGAAAACAUUUGCUGACUCUGACGAUGAAGACUAAAUGCGGGUGACCUGUGUUUAUUUUUGGGUGAAGGAAGGCCAUUUCUUACUGUUUUUGGUCGAGUUAUUUAUUACUUUAAAAGGUAAUAAAAAAUUAGUCAUAGUUAAGAUUAGUGAAUCUUUUCCUGUUCUAGCAUGGCUUAACUGUGCUUGUAAGCCUUAAUUCUUUUCUCCACUUUAUGAGAUGAUAGUUUUGAAUUUACAUAUUUUUAGCUGUCUAGGGUUGUCUUUUAUUUUUCAAAGUUUAACAUUUUAAAGUUUUAAUUAAUUUAUUUAUUUACCAUUAUACUUUGUUGUAUCUUGCACGGAAAUUUUAUUUCCCCGACUUCAACACUCAUUCUGUAAA